ACAGUCCUUUCAUCCACAACCAGAAAUCCAACUGCGCUUCAAACAGUUAACGCCGACGAUUACACCCGGCACAUUCCCUCACUGGCACUGGUCACCCCGCGCCCUCUCUCGCCUUCCCUGGUCCCCUUUUGACCCCCACCAUGCACCUCCCUCAAGCUCUCAUCGCUCUGCUCGCAGCGACAAGCGCACUCGCACUUCCACAGGUAACGAAGCAAGGUCGAUAUCUCUUCACUCCUGAUGGAAAUCGCUUUUACAUAAAGGGAGUGAGCUACCAGCAGCAGGGCACAGUCUCCGCAAGCGGCGUUCCAGGCGCGUUUCCUGAGCCCACCGAUUUUAUAGAUCCUCUGGUAGAUGCGCAGGGAUGUGCUCGUGAUCUCCCAUACAUCACCUCGCUCAAGGCGAACGCAAUUCGGGUAUACAGCGUCAAUUCCUCCUUGAACCACGACAGCUGCAUGAACGCAUUCUCUCAAGCAGGGAUUUACAUCAUUCUCGAUCUCGCGAUCCCCGUCACCGGCUCGAUCAACCGCGCCCAGCCGGCAUGGACUACUGGCUUGCUCGACGUGUACACCGCCACGAUCGACGCUUUCCUCCAGUAUGACAACUUGCUCGCUGUCAACGUCGGCAACGAGGUCGUCAAUUCGGACGCCACCACUGAGUCUGCGCCCUUCAUCAAAGCGGCUGCAAGGGACAUCAAGGCAUACCUCGCCUCGAAGAACUCUGGUGCAUUGGUCGGGUACGCCAGCACUGACGGAAGCGAUACGACGGACGACUGGAGGGAUCCGCUAGCCAACUAUCUGGCAUGCGACAGCGAGGCAACCUCCCUGGACCUUUACGGGCUGAACAACUACCGCUGGUGCGGUUCUACGGGCAGCUUCGAUACCAGCUAUGCGAGCACCGUUGCAGCUUACAGCAACUAUCCCAUUCCAGCCUACUUCUCCGAGUUUGGGUGCGUGCAGGACUUGCCCAGGUUGUGGAACGAGGUGCCGGUGCUGUAUGGGUCGCAAAUGAUCGGCGAGUGGUCCGGUGGUCUAGCCUUCUCCUACUUCCCCGCUGUUGGCGGGUACGGCCUGGUCAAUAUCUCAUCGGAUAAUACCAGUGUGAUUACCGGCUCGGACUGGUCACUUUUGCAAUCAGAGUUCUCCAACGUGACGUUUAUUGAGUCGCCUGCUGAGUCUGCCGCGCCCGCGACCUCCCCCGUCGCCUGUCCGGGGCAGAACUCAUCAUUCUUGGCAUCAACCUCCCUCCCUCCCACUCCCGAUGCUGCCAAGUGCGCCUGCUUCCGGGACUCUGCCUUCUCCUGUCCGUAUACUGGUUCGCCGACCAACACCGACAUUCAAGGUGACCUGUUCAACUACGUGUGCAACGCCCUCGGCCAGCAAGGUGCCAACUGCAGUAUCAUCGCCGCGAACGGUACAACUGGAACGUACGGUAUUCUUGCCGACUGCGACGCGGUGACCCAACUAUCCUGGGCAUUCAGCUAUUACUACGAGCUCUCGAACCGCAAUGCCCAAGCGUGCGAUUUCUCGGGCAACGCGACCGCCAAUAAUAGCAUCACGACGGAUAUGGCAAACUCAGCCGCGAGCGCAUGCCUUGCUGCCGUGCCGAGCGGAGGCGUGUUCACACCGACUGCAUCUAGCGCUGGUCCAUCCGGGACGGGCGGUAGUACAGGGCCUAACCCCAGCUCGGGGUCGGGGUCGGGGUCGGGCGGGGGAAGCCACAGUGGAGCGAGUGCUUGGAGAACCGAGGCGGGGAUGGUGGGUGCCGUGGCUGCGAGUGCUGUGGCGGCAGUCAUCGGAGCGGUCAUUGCUCUCUUGUGAGGUUGCACGGAACGUCAUUUGGAGCUCAAAACAACAAAGCAUCACAUGGACUCUCAUUCUCAUUCAUCCUUCAUCUUAUAUCUAGGCAUUUUCUGAUGGACUCUCUUGUUUCCGAGAUAUGACAGUGCUGUUGCGGGUGUAUGUCCUAUUGAGUAAUCAUAUGUUGGGUAUACCCCUGUACAAUACGUGCUCUAAAGAUUUUUCAUUCGCUCAUUCGUCUCGUCAUGAAGUAGUACACGAGGAAGGCACGGGCAUAUCCAGCUGCCCAAACAUACAGGUGUUAUUCCAAAGGAAAGCAUAAUGUCCCUCGUCAUUGUUCGUCAUUCAGGCUCUCAGAACCGCCACGUCCCCUAAGUUGGCUUUCUCGGAGGCACAGGGCCUUGUCUUACAGGCGUGGUCGGCGUUGUUGGUAGCGGUUUCCUCGCAGGGAUUGUGCUCUGGGACAUCUGGCGCGUCGUCGGGGGAGCAGUACCGUUCCUCGUCGGAUAGGUGUUGUAUGAGGCCUGUCUCUCACCGCUCGGUCUCGGCUGAGCAGGCGCAGAGGCCUGGCUGGCCUGCCUUGUUGGUGGAGGACGGGCCGGGGUGCUCGCCCUACUUGCUUGCACCGACGUCGUCGGGAUUCCAUUCGACUUGGGCGUUCCACUCUUGCUAUACGAGCGGCGGACGUUGGCCAGCGCAUGCGACUUUGGUGGAUAGUAUGUCGGAUCUUUGUAUCGUCUUCCAGAAACGUGCCGAUCUAGUCGGACCUCAUGCGGUCGCACAGCACGGUCGUAGGAAACGAAGCUGAUGAUGUAGGGGAUCAGGGAGAGGAUAAGAAUAGAAAAGGCGGCCCAGAUGAGCCAUUGGGAGGUGCCGUGCGUAAGGGAGAUGCCGAGACAACUCCCACCGGCCGCAGGCGUGGUGUUGAUCUGCAUGGCACUUUGAACGAGGUUGGUCCAGAUGGCGCUGCCGACUAGAACGAACAAGACAGCAAUUAUGUCAAAAGACAUUGCCAGCGCAAACGUCACUCUCUGGUGCUUGAUGGCGAACAUCGUUGCUAAGAACGCGCAGAGUGUUCCAAUGAAGAUGAGGUAAAAUCCAGCAGCCGACAUAUUUCCCAAGUUGUCGCUGUUGGUGAAUUGGGUUGUUUGGGGAAUCGUGAAUUGGGAUAUGGUACUUGAAUUGCUCGGGAUAUCGGAGAGCAUCGUCUCAAGCGGCAUAAAAUGGAAUCCGAAGGUAUGAUUGGCGCACUGACUCUCGGUGGUAUUGGACACCACAGAGGCGCAGUAGCUGAAGAAGCCCCACGAGUAGAUGUCACGCAGUCCCAGAUGCUGGCCAAGAGGUGCAGAGGCAUUUGACUGGUACAUCGCUGGGAAGGGAUCUCCGGUGGAGUUGCUCAGACAUGCUGCGAAGGUGGUGACGUUCAUCGAGACCAUGCCCAGGCUGCUAGGCAGCUUUGAGGUAUUGAUCUGACCAACAUGUGCGAAUAUGAGCAGGAGGACUGCAACUGAUGAUAGGCCUUGUGCGAUGCCAAUGACGACGGGUCCCUUGACCAUGUUUAUUUGCCAAUGUCAUCCACGGCCGCUCAGCUCCGCCCCUCACGCUAGAAGAUGAUGGGCUUGACAGCAAAGCGUGUCCUUCAGGGGUGCCCUAUAUAUGCUGUUGCUGGAUGUUGAACGCCCUCGAGGCGCCCUGAACUUG